AUGGGUGUUGAAACCGAAACGGACCACGGGGAGAUGAUCACCCCGGCCCCCGUGCAGGCCCCUGGCACUUCGGCCUCUAGCAGCCCGGCGCCACACCCCAAGGAGCCCGUCGUGGACACUCCGAUCCCGAUGAUCACCCUCCGAUCUCUGACCAUGGCCCUCUUCGUGUCUAUGGGCGGCCUGCUCUUCGGGUACGAUACCGGCCAGAUCUCUGGGUUCCAAGAGAUGAGCAACUACCUGGAAAGAUAUGGCCAGUACAUUGACGGGCAAUGGAAGUUGACGGAUAACCGUGCGGGGUUGAUUGUCGGUAUGCUCAGUAUCGGUACCCUCGUGGGCGCGCUGGUGGCCGCCCCGCUGGCCGAUUUCCUGGGCCGCAAGUGGUCCAUCACGGUGUGGAACAUGGUCUUGAUCGUGGGUCUGAUUGUGCAGAUCACCUCCCCCGACGGCCACUGGUACCAGAUGGUCGUCGGCCGGACGAUCACCGGUCUUGGGGUCGGUGGCUGCUCGCUGCUGGUCCCCAUGUACCAGGGCGAGAGCGCCCCGCGGCACGUCCGCGGUGCCAUGAUCAGUUGUUACCAGCUGUUCGUCACCCUGGGUAUCUUCCUGGCCUACUGUAUCAACCUGGGCACCAACACCAUGAGCGGCACGGGCCAGUGGCGGAUCACGCUCGGCAUCACCUUCUUGUUCUCCUUGAUCCUGGGCAUUGGCAUGAUCUGCUUCCCCGAAAGCCCGCGCUAUGAGUUCCGCAAAGGCAAGGUCGACAGUUGCCGGCGCACCUUGGCCAAGCUGUACGGUAUCCCGGAGAACCACGUUCGCAUCAUCGAAGAGAUGGGCGAGAUCCGCGAGCAGUACGAGGCUGAGUCCGAGUCGCAAGUGUGGCACGAGUUCCUCACUGCCCCCCGCAUGUUCUACCGUGUUGUCCUGGGCAUGGUCCUGCAAAGUCUGCAGCAACUCACUGGUGCAAACUAUUUUUUCUACUUUGGCACCACUAUUUUCGAAGGAGCUGGAAUCUCGAACAGCUUUGUCACUCAGGUCAUCCUCGGCGCUGUCAACUUCGGUACGACCUUUGGUGGCCUGUACGUCGUUGAGAACUUCGGUCGUCGCAAGUCCCUCAUCUUCGGCGCCAUCUGGAUGUUCAUCAUGUUCAUGGUCUUCGCCUCCAUCGGCCACUUUGUUCUCGACGUCAAACACCCUACCAACACCCCCGGUGCUGGAAAGGGUAUGAUUGUGUUGGCUUGUCUCUUCAUCACGGCGUAUGCCAUGACCUGGGGACCGAUGGUCUGGGCCAUCGUCGCCGAGCUGUUCCCCUCCAAGUACCGUGCCAAGGGCAUGGCGCUGGCCACUGCCUCGAACUGGCUUUGGAACUUCCUGAUCAGUUACUUCACCACCCGGAUCGCCAACAAAAUCGACUUCGCCUACGGUUAUGUCUUCGCGGGCUGUCUCUUUGUGGCCAUCUUCGUGGUCUACUUCUUCGUCAUCGAGGGUAAGGGCCGCACCCUGGAGGAGCUCGACUACAUGUACGUCGCCAAGGUCGCUCCAUGGAAGAGCAGUUCCUACCAGGUUCCCCACCGUGAGGACUGGACCAUCGACGAAGACAACCUCGGUCCCAAGGAGAAGCCCGCCCAUGCCGAGGACGCAUAG